AUGUGCGCCUAUCAUAAUCCCGGGUAUCCUCAAAACUACCCAGAAACUUCUUAUUAUGCCAACUUUCAGCCUUGUAGUCAGGAAUAUAUUCCUGCUGCGCCACGUACAAAUGGUAAUACUGGGAUGUCUUUUAUUCAAAAUCAAUUUAUUCCUGACUUAGCUGUCCGUUAUGGGUCAGCUAUGUUUGAUGAAGGUGCAAAUUUUGUUCACAAGAAUGUUGACCAAUACGUUAAUCGAUUUCGCAUAAAAUACUACUUUUCUGUCAAUAAUUCAUACGUUGCCAAAAAGGUCGGGCUGAUCUUGUUCCCGUUUGCUCAUACAAAAUGGGGUGUAAAUUAUGAUCCUGCUGGACCUGUUCCUCCAGGUGAUGAUAUUAAUGCUCCUGAUUUGUAUAUUCCUUUAAUGGCUACUAUCACAUACAUACUUCUGAGUGGUGUUAUAUUUGGAUUUCAAGGUCGUUUUUCACCGGAGUACCUUGGGAUUUUAUCUAGUGAAGCUUUUGGCUGGUUAUUGCUUGAAGUUUUAUUAUCUCUUUUUGCAAUCUAUAUCCUCAAUAUUCAGAACAAUAUUUCUUAUUUAGAUAUAGUUGCCUAUUGUGGUUAUAAAUUUGUCAGCAUGAUAGUUGUAUUGAUUAGUUACAUUGGUUUGGAUCGACCAGGCUAUUAUUUCAGUUUACUGUAUACUAGCUUAGCAUUGGCAUUUUUCCUCAUAAGAAGCCUUAAACUUAAAAUUCUUCCACAUGUCGAAACAUAUCCAUCUGAGUGUAAUAAACGCCGAUUAUAUUUACUACUUGUGAUUGCAUUCAUUCAACCAUUAAUGAUGUGGUGGUUGACACGUCGUGUUAUCCUGUAGGAAUUGUAAACCGUGAUGUUUUCUCCUUUGUUGUAUUUAUCAUCGCCACCAGAUAUGAAAACAUUAAAUAUUGUCUGAAUAACAUCCUUUGCUUCCUAAUUUGUGUAUAAAAAAUGUUAAACAAUUUUUAUCUAUUGUAUAAGUCACAUUCUCUUUUUUAAAAGUAUUUAAAUAUUCCUUUAUUCAGAGAUUUUUCAACGAUGAAUUGUCGUUACAUGUCUAAUGUAAAAGUGUUAAGGAUUGUAAAAGAUUGUUUCUGUGAGUUUAGUCGUGCGAUUGUGUCUUCGCUUUGCAUCAUAUGCAUGUGUUCAAUGUUAC